AUGGUCGCACCACCUGCUUCAAACGAGCGGGAGUACAAGGCUUCGGCACGUGCUGAUGGGGGAUGGGUUCGCGGCAGGAUUGUUCGCAGAAAGCGCGAGGACUCCUUGCGCAAAACCACAAGUCUUCGCGAUCAGUACGGGCACACGAAGGAAGGCGCCGUGUUGAAGACCCUCCGCUUUUCAAAACUCGUAGAUGCUCCACCGUCCGAACACCUGGGCUGCAUUGAUGUCUACCUUGAAGCAGGAACAGCUUAUCUCUCCAACAAGCCCCGGGGAGCAGUGAACGGCAACACGCCUACGGCUGCUGUCGACGAAAAGAUGAAGAAGUAUGCUACGCGAGACUCGAUCCUCGCACAAAACUCCAUUGCCGAUCACCAUCGCGCUAUCUCGCGUGCCAAUUCCUCAAAGGAGCACAAGCCCAUCAACCCUCGCCACAAGCGUUCCACCGUUGAGGUCGCGGCGCCGGCCGAGGGGUCGAGGAAGAAGGCGAGGUCAACGAACAUGGAUACCAAGCCUCGGGUUAUUGACCUUAGUAAUGCCGGUAACCCGAGCACCGUCAUCAGCUUGCUUGACAGCGACGACGAGUUGUAG